AAAAUUAUUGCUCAAUUUUUCUGCCAUUUAUUUUUUAUUUUAUUUAUUUAGAAAUACAGCACUGAUACUGAUUAGGCCUUUACAGGCUCAACUAGCCACUUGUGUAACUCUAGCCUAAUCACAGGACAAUUUACAAUACUCAAUUCAACACUAUUCUCAAUUUCACCUACCAACAGCUGCACACUUUACCUUUUGCCUUAAACAGGGAUAAAUGUUACCUAUCAACUUAGUAUGUUUCUGAACAUGCAUUGCUGUUUUGCUAUCAUACUUUUAUAUCCAUCACAGUCAACUCCUAAAUCAAGUGUUCGUAGAUUUUAAAAGAUCUAUUUCAAACCAGAUUUUGGUUUGAAUUAAAGAGUUUUGUAUCUUCACGCAAAUUUAUGGCGAUAUAGCGCUUCGAAUCGCACCGCCCAGCAGCCCCCGAUUUAACCCUAGACUAAUCAUGGGUCAAUUUAUAAUGCCCAAAUAACCUACCAACCAGUAACACGAGGAAAUCUGCAGACGCUGGAAUUUCAAGCCACACGCAUAAAAGUUGCUAGUGAAUGCAGCAUCUCUAGGAAGAGGUACAGUCGACGUUUCGGGCCGAAGGGUUUCCUGACGAAGGGUCUCAGCCUGAAACGUCGACUGUACCUCUUCUGAGAGAUGCUGCCUGGCCUGCUGCGUUCACCAGCAACUUUGAUGUGUGUUACCAACCGGUAAGUAGGCCUUUGGACUGUGGGACGUACAAACCCCUGGCAGGAAACGAACCCGAGUAUCUGGUACUGUAAAGCAUUGUGCUAACCACUAAGCUACGGUGCCGGUCCCAUGACAUCCAAUCCUGACCACCAAGUCUUUCUAGCUCAACUUUUAUCUUUCGAACAAAACCGGACAUUCUUUAGGCGCAAGAGAGUGCAGAUGCUGGAAACUGGCACCACACAGUCGGCUGGAGGCAGACAGCGGGUCGAGAGGAAAGGACGUUUUCGGUCUCCUUACAUCCACUCCCAGUCAACCGGAAACUUGUAUAAUUCCUCUUUCUUCCCGCACCCCGCUGCUGAUGUUCCUGUCUCCCUCCGCAAACCCCGAUUGCAAAGACCUUUCUCCUUGCCCGCUAAAGCAACGGCUGCCGGCGAUUGCGAGGAAGCGGGUCCGAGCAUCCACGAAUACGGAGAAAUACCACCGACCACAAGCCCGGGAGGGCUCCCCGGAGAUGAGCGGCGCCAUCGCCGUCUCCCGGACUCAGCGGCGGCCAGCUUAACCGUUGGUGACGUCGGCGGCGCGCGGCCCGGGGCCCGGGGACUCGCGCGCCGCUGGAAAACCGGCGGGAGGGCGUCCUCCUCCUCCCCCCCCCCCGUCACCCCGGAACCUAUUGCGCUGGACGCGAAAGAAAGUUGCCUGACUGAAGUGCUGCAGCUUUUCCGGUUGCGUGGAGUGUGCGUUAGUUAAAUAGUACUACAGUGGUGGUGCAAUUGCUUUAAAUGUUAUGGUUUUGUCCCGGGGGGGGGGAGAGGACAACUCCUUCUUCUGCCAUUAUGCCACAGAGCCUCUCCGCACUCGGGGCCGGAAAUCCCUCUCUUUUCCUGACGUUCUCCUUUCCGCUCUCAACUUUAGCGGAAGCGGCCCCGAUAUGCGAUUGACGCGCAGCGCGGCCAAUCAACACCCGCAGUUCGUGCUCCGAUUUGGAUGACUACACCAAAAAAAGCAGGACAUUUUUGACCAAGGUUCAAGAUGGCGCAGUUGAGUUAUAUUCGCGUUGUGGUGGAGAAAGACGACAGUGCCGAGCGCUCCGAUCUGUCGUCAACUCCCAACGCAGAGGUUCUCAAAGCGAACUCGGCUUUGAAUGCCUCAUCGGAGCAUAAUAAAACUGCAACAAAGAAAAGGAAGAUGCAACCGUUGCCCGAAGGUUACCAUAAGCCCACGGUGGAAGUGCGUGGCGCCAAUCCGCCGGCUAGUUUGUUGCCGGUGGAGAAGGAUAAUGAUGGGAAAGACAGGGACAGAGAUCGGGAGAAGGGCAGCGGUAACACCAACAAACGUUGCCCGGAACUUGGUGUUAGCUCUAAAUAUACAGUGGCAGCUCCCGUUCCUAGCACUCUCUACAGUUCCGUGACCUCUUCGCUCUAUCUCCACUCGAAAUCCAGUAAACCUUCCAAAGAAAAGUACAACACCAGCAAAGAGAAGGAGAAGAAGCACAGGGCCAAGAAAGAAAACGGUGACGUCAAAUUGCUCCAGAAAGGUAACGGUGAAAAAAGGAAACUUAGCACAGAAGAAUUUCAGUUUAAAAAAAUAAAGAAGAAAAAGAAAAAGAAACACAAGGAAAGUGAAAAACGAAAACAGCCCAAAAUGUGCAGCAAAUCCAUUCAAACAGUUUGUUCAGCGUUAAUAUCAGAAAUCAAAGACCAGCAGUUGGCUUCAAUACAAGAUGAGAAAAAUCUAACCAUUCUCUACCCCGAUGGACUGCCUGAAUGUCUAUCAGAGGAAAGUGAUCACCCUUUGCCUACUGUGUUCAGCAAUUCCAGUGUUGAAAACAAAAGUUCAAGGCUAAAUAACUUGGAAUUCAAAAGGUUUAUCCACAUAGAAGACCAGCCUAAUGGAGGAGCUUCAGUUGUGCAUGCCUACAUGGAUGAGCUCUCUUCGCUGUCUCCUGUGGAGAUGGAGAGAUUUUCAGAGGAAUUUGUGAAUCUGACAUUUAGUGAGAAUAAUUCUGCAGCCUAUUACGUCAUGGGUAUUGUUCAUGGAGCUGCUGCAUACUUGCCUGAUUUCCUUGAGUACUUUGCCUAUAGCUUUCCAAAUGCACCAGUGAAGAUGGAGAUCUUAGGAAAGAAGGAUAUAGAGACAACUACCAUUUCAAACUUCAAUGCUCAGGUGAAGCGUACAUAUUCGCAUGGUACUUACAGGGCUGGUCCAAUGCGACAGAUCAGUUUAGUAGGAGCUGUGGACGAAGAAGUUGGGGACUAUUUUCCAGAGUUUCUUGAUAGAUUGGAAGAGUCUCCGUUUUUAAAACGCACAUUGCCAUGGGGAUCACUUUCUAGUCUCAAACUUAAGUGCCGUAAAGAAAGUGAUGAUGGUCCUAUUAUGUGGGUUCGUCCAGGAGAGCAGGUGAUCCCUAUAGCGGACAUGCCAAAAUCACCUUUUAAACGACGGCGAACUACCAAUGAAAUAAAAAAUUUACAAUAUCUACCUCGUGCAAGUGAGCCACGUGAAAUGCUCUUUGAGGAUAGGACCCGAGCCCAUGCAGAUCAUAUUGGACAGGGAUUUGAGCGUCAGACUACUGCAGCUGUUGGAGUAUUGAAAGCUGUACAGUGUGGAGAUUGGUCUGAUCAACCUCGUAUAACCAAAGAUGUGAUUUGUUUUCAUUCAGAAGAUUUCUUAGAGGUGGUGCAGAGGUUGCAGUUAGAUCUACAUGAGCCACCAUUGUCACAGUGUGUUCAGUGGGUAGAUGAUGCAAAACUCAACCAGAUAAGAAGAGAAGGUAUUCGUUAUGCUAGAAUUCAACUGUAUGACAAUGAUGUGUACUUCAUUCCCCGGAAUGUUGUACACCAGUUCAAGACUGUCUCUGCAGUGUGCAGCUUAGCAUGGCACGUACGGUUGAAACAGUAUCAUCCAGAUGCAGGAGAUCCACCUGCUCAAGAUUGCGCUUAUGAAGGCUCAGAAUUACCAGCAGACACCAAGUGCCCAGUUAUGAAAAUGGAGACUGAAGAUAAAAAGCAGGGUGAUGAUGUUACUGCUGAAAGUGCAAAACAUGAAGAAAUCAAGAUAGAACUUAAUAUCACAGAGCUCUCAGAAAUUAAAGUGGCGUCUGGAAGCACUGACUCACAGUAUGUAGCUGAACUGAAAGAUCUAGCUUGUUCAAAUACCAAAACUGACUGUGGAGAUGACGAACAGCUACUCUCAGUGAACACAGAUGUGCAUGAUUAGCAAAACAACUUUUCUUAUUGAUAUGUGUAUAUUCUUUGGAGCUUUUAUUUUUUUUAAAUGUAUCUUAAAACAAUGGUGUGAUGUUCUUGCUUAUGUAAGCUCUGUGAGGCAAGCUUGUUACUGUUCUUAAGACUGUUACAUGGUAGGACAGAAAAGUACAUGUAGCUUUGUAACAUUCCUCAGUGCCUGUCCAUAACUGUGAAAUAUAACAGCACUUAGGGGGUGGGUGUACUGUCACACUGCAGGUAAAAUGGGGGGAGGGAGUUAAAAAAUACUUUUUUAUUUUUAGAUAAAAAAGUAGUACAGGUAGAAGCAAAGUUGACUUCGGCGUAUACUUUUUUGUAAGCUGAGCCAAAAUUGUUUCCUGAUUCAAGCUUAUCCAUAGAGCUUAUGUCAAACUAGCUGCAGGUUUGAAUACUGAUAUUUGUGUCAACAUGGUAGUGUAAAUACAUUUUUAUUAUAAUUAUGUAGUAUGAUUUCAAACUAAACUCUGAACCGCUUAAUAAAGGUUCAGUGUACUUUGAUUUUUAUAUACUUAAAGCAUCAAUUGUACUAGCCUUUGGUUGUUUUACACCAGCAUUAUUUUAUUUCACCUAAUGUAGAUGUGAUAAAGUUUGUGUAACCAUGCAGACAAAUCCAGACUUUCUUUGUUCCCCUCCCAGAGGGGGAAGAAAAGGAAUAGAGUGCAAAGUUAUCAUAUUCUAGAUUUCAAAAUAAAGGUAUUCAUUAUGUGCUGUUCUCCAA